CAGCUGAGCCACUGUCAUCUGACUUUGACGCAGGCGCCUCAGCUUCCUGAAAGUCGGCAACAGCGGAAAAGCUCAACAUGGCUCCCAAGCUCGAGGUUCCAGUUAUCAUCUGGCUAAUGUUUUCCACCCUGAUCUCUCCGGCUGAGGCUUACGACGCGGGUGACGCUUUGGCCCUAUUGCUAGGGACCAUCCUGACCAUAGUGGGUUUCUGCGCCUGUCUCGGCUGGUAUGCGCGCAAGCGGAACGGGGUGCUGUGACGAUGAAGAGAGGGUGUUCUCCUCGGAUCUGUCCUGCUCUGUUACCAUGCACUGUCUUUAAACUUUAUGUGGUCUCCAAUGUGUUCCUGGCGCAAUGUUUAUGUCACGAGCACUGCUAAGAAACGUGCCUUAUUGGAAUUAAUGCGCUAAGUUAACCGUGAGCCACGUGGAGCUGGAGAAAGAUGGAAGAAAAGACCCAGGAAGGAAGUACCAAGAGAGAAACUGAUUUUCUGCACGCUGAUCAUGGACCAAACACUGUUGCCUUCGAUAAUAAAAAAGACUGCUGCAGUAUUUAGGCUGCUCUCCUUAAAUAUUCCUGCAAUUAUUCUGCAUACUAUUUUGUGCUUUAUAUGAUCACUGAGAUUCCUGAUGUAUUCGUUCAAGACAAAAAUUGCUUAGUCGGAAGCACAAUAACACAUUAAUUGUUUCCUUUGCAAUCUAUGCUAUAAAAAUGUUGCUGUAGCUUUGUGAAGAUUAAACUCGUUCUCUGCUCUUCA